AUGAAGGUCGAUCCUAUUCCCAACCAACAGAAGAAAAUCCGCACGUGUUUAAAUCGGUUGCGGCUAGCACCUCAUGUCAGGUUAUACGAUGUGAAAGUCAAGUGCAACUUGGUUUCCACCGCGAUGAAAUGCCUCCAAGUGGAUAUGAGCCGGUGUUCAUCCGCGGACGUGACCGUCACGAUUCGUUCGCUACAAGAGAAGCCGGCGUCGCACGAAGGGUGCCAUCUUCCUGCGAAAACAUCUACCGCACGAAGCUGUGAGCAGGAAACGGUGGCCGUGAAAACGGAGAUAGACUCGGAGGCAUGCCUGGCACUGCAAGACCUGAUUUGUCUCCAAACCUGCGACGAUCAGGGCUCUAAUAAGUCUCUCUACUUCGUACCGAAGGUCUCGAAGAUAGGCUCUGGCGUUCAGCCGCGAGCCCUCCGAGACGAAGGUAUGCAAGAUGCUUUGAAAGAGCUGAGUCCGCCUGAGCAUAUCGCUGCCUCGCUGUCAGGAGGGCUCUUCGAGGGCCUGGCACUGCAAGACCUGAUUUGUCUCCAAACCUCCGACGAUCAGGGCUCUAAUAAGUCUCUCUACUUCGUACCGAAGGUCUCGAAGAUAGGCUCUGGCGCUCAGCCGCGAGCCCUCCGAGACGAAGGUAUGCAAGAUGCUUUGAAAGAGCUGAGUCCGCCUGAGCAUAUCGCUGCCUCGCUGUCAUGUCAGCACCCCCUUACCCAAGCCCCCGGGCUCCCGGCGUCGAUAUUCGCCAGUGCGUCCUGUCACAAACGCUUACUCAAGUGUGGUCCAGAGGAUUUGAUUCUCUCCUUGAUCCUGGGUCUGUUCGGACGUAUGCUGAAGGCUUCCAACUAUCCCGACUAUACACUACCUAGGGAGCUAGCCGGAGGCCUGGAGUUAACUGGCAAGUUCAAUGUUCGCAAUGACGUCUUUCGGGCUAAACCGAUCAAGCCAAAGGUUAACUCUAAGAAGUCUAAGAAAGUGACCGUCAUGUCUGCCACUGAGCUUCUCACUGGAGGCGUGGAGGAGGCAUAUGAAUUGGCUGACAUUAAGGCUCCUGAGGAGGUUGCUGAGAACACGAUGAUGGACCCCUUCAGUCCCCCACAGCUAGAAUCCAUUUUUGGUGGGUCUUCUGUUGCCUCUCGUCGCUUCGAAGUAGAUCAAGGCACAAAAGCCUUGGCUCACCUUGGUCGAGUCGUCCUCGCUAUCCCAGUGAUCAAUUAUUUGGACGAUUACUUUGGCGUAGAAUCUUCAGCUACGGCCAACUCCGCAUAUGAGGCAUGGGUGUGGCUUCACAGGGUGAUAGACUUCCGUUUAAAUGAGAAGAAGGCUGUGCCACCUUUCAUUGAGAUCCCAGUAUUGGGGCUCGACAUAGCUAUCGAUGGUGAUUACAUUGUCCUGUCGGUUCCAGAUGAUAAGCGCGCCCAACUAAUUUCUUCGAUCGAUGGAGUGUUGCAGGAUGACCGCUUGCCAUCUUCAACGGCUCAUAAGUUGAUAGAGAAGUUGACGUUUGCUAGCGGGGCCUUGGACACUUCUGCCCCAAGGUCCUACCUCAGAGUCCUUCCUAAAUUUGUCAGUCAUUGA